GAGGGAGAGGGAAGAAUGUAAGAGGGAGGAGAGAGAGAAAGGGAGAGGUAGACUCAUUCUGCUACCAGUGCGCGCUGCGCUCCUCUCUAUGCCAGUACCUCUCCGAGUCGCUCCCACACACACUCACAUUGUUACUGCACGCUACACACACUUAUCCUGAGGACCACAGACAAAGAGACUGUGCGGUUGUUGAGCGGGAGCGGCAUGGAAUGGAACCUCAGAAGGAUGGACAGUGAACUUAGACAGAUCAACUCAGACCUGCUGCAGCCCAGCAAGAGCAUCAAAAAGCCCUCCUCAGGAACCAUCACCCUCAACGUAGGGGGCUUUCUGUAUGCCGCGCACCGAACCACCCUCAGCCGCCACCAGGGGUCCGUGUUAGAGGAGCUGGCCAGUGGCAAGAAGACCGUCCAGCACACUGACUCCAUGGGCAACCCCUUCAUUGACCGCGAUGGCCCCGUGUUCCGACACAUCCUUAACUUCCUGCGGACCGGAGACCUGCAGCUGCCCGACGACUUCAGAGAGGCGGGCCUUCUGAGACGGGAAGCAGAGUUCUACCGCCUCAGCGGAUUGCUGGAGGCCAUUUUGGAGUGGGAGGGGAUGCGGGCAGCGCAGCGGGAGCCCGCCUUCCUGGAGGUGACUGACGAGAGGUCGCAGGGCUUCAAGGUGUACUGCAGUGACCCCACUUUCAUUGACAAGGUCAAAGGUCGCCUGGUUCAGAUCUCAAAGAGCCGGCUGGACGGCUUCCCGGAGGAGUUUGAGGUGUCGUCCAACGUGAUCCAGUUCCGCCACUUCAUCAAGUCGGAUCCGGGCUCCAGGCUGGUGCUGAAGCAGGACAGUACCUUCCUGUGUACCCUGGAGUGUCUGAAGCUAGAGACGGUGAUGCUGGCCCUGAAGGCUGGCUUCUCUAUCAUCACCUCUCUGGACAGCAGCAAGGGAUCUGUGGUGGCCGCAGAGGCACUGCACUUUGUCAAGUAAGAGAGGGAGGAGAGGGGAAGAGAAUGGACAGGGAGGUGGAAAGAGAAGGGAAGAAGGGGAGAGAAUGGGGCAGGUUACAGGCAGGUAGAGAGGGGAACAAGAGGGAGGAGAAAGAACACACCCUCUCAGAGGAACAGUCUCCUACUGGAUUGCAUCAAGCUGCUUUUUCCAUCCUGGCUGCUCCCCCUUCAAACCAGCCUUUGUGUGCACAGUGAGGUAUUACAGUGUGUGUGUGUUCAGUGGCUGUGUUUAGUUGCUGUGUUCUAGUUUUUAGUUGUGUGACCAAGCCUUUUUCUGGAUCCUGAGGGAAGCGGUAGAGUGGAAGAGUGUACUGACUGCCAUACUGACUGUUGCUGAUUAUUGGACAAAACAAUUGUUUUAUUCCAGAAACUUCUCACACAUAGCCUGACUGGAUGAGAGGGAGGUCAAUGUGCUUUGCAGCAAAGAUACACAGAGGGUUUAGACCCAAGGGUUCAAAUCUAGCAUGAUGUAUGUGCAGUGAAGAUUUUCAAAUCAGAAACCAACUUUGUGAUUGUUUGAUUGCUAGUGCUGUGAGUGAAUAAGUGACAAUGUGUGUUCUUUUGGAUAUGUGAAUGUUUUGUUUUACACACAAUAAAAGUAAUGAAUAUUGUCAGUCAUUACAGUGCCUUGCAAAA